GCUUUCAUUUGUUUAUUACUAUUCUAUCUCCAUUGAAUCUUUAUGACAAGUGAUAGGAUUCUGCCUGGAUGGAACAUUACCAGGCUACCAUCUCCACCGAGGAUAUGGAUCAGGAGCAAACAGUUGGCUCAUUCAAUUGGAGCGCCUUGGACCCAGCCCAAUUCCACCACAGCCAUCCUUAUUUCCAGGUACCAUCUUCAACACUCAAAAGUCGAUUUUCCUAAACCUUCCCCAUUGGCGGUAUUUUUUUAUCAUGGGGGAUGAAACGGAUUAGUGCUUUGCCUUCAAGGAAAGAGGCUACAUAUUUUUGUGAGGUAAAGUACUUCUAUCAACUCAUUAUUGGGUUUGGAACAUAUGACAUAAUGUGUGUCUAUUACCUGAGGCUUCUUGAAUUAGAUAUUAUUAAUUUGAUUGAAUAUGAAACACCAGUUUGAUAAAUUUUAAAAUUUUGAGAAAUUUUGAAAGCUUUUGGGACAAAGUAACCCUGCGCAGAUGUCAAGAAUUGGUGGAGCACAGGUUGUCUACCCCUAGUAUUUGUCAGGAACUGGGGGUGCUAAGAAGAAGUCUUAUGUGUUGAAAUUGGGGGCUCGGAGGAGGGUGGUGUGAUUCAAUUAGAAGUUGUGUUUAUCGUAAAAAUACUCGUCACGGUUCCUCAACAUAUAUGGAAAGGCAGAUACAAUUUUCAGGGAUAUUAAGCAACAAAGCAGAAGAAAACCCAGAUUUUUUCAAUUGGAACAGAGUCAAACUUCGUUAUUGUGAUGGUGCAUCUUUUAGUGGGGACAGUCAAUAUAAGGCAGGACAAUUGUAUUUUCGAGGACAACGAAUAUGGUUGGCUGCUAUGGAAGAUUUGAUGUCAAAGGGAAUGCGCCGUGCUACUCAGGCUCUACUAUCUGGAUGCUCUGCUGGUGGUUUGGCAUCUAUACUACACUGUGAUGAAUUUCGGGGACUAUUUCCUUGGACCACUAAAGUCAAGUGCCUGAGUGAUGGUGGAUUAUUCCUUGAUACAAUUGAUGUAUCUGGUAGGCGCACUUUGAGAAGUAUGUUCAGAGGUGUGGUUUGGUUACAGGGAGUGAAGAAAAGUCUUCCAUGGAGUUGUACCAACCACCUCAAUCCAACCUCGUGUUUCUUCCCUCAGCACUUAAUUGCCGAUAUUAAAACCCCACUUUUUCUUGUCAAUGCGGCUUAUGAUAUGUGGCAGAUCCAGGCCAGUUUAGCUCCACCAUCAGCUGAUCCUCAUGGCCAUUGGCAUGCAUGCAGAAAAAAUUAUGCACAUUGCACUCUAUCGCAGAUUCAAUUUUUCCAGGGUUUCCGAAAUCAAAUGCUGAAUGCCGUAAAAGGCUUCUCAAGCUCCAAUAAAAAUGGGUUAUUCAUAAAUUCAUGUUUUGCCCAUUGCCAGACUGAGAGACAGGAUACAUGGUUUGCUCAGAAGUCUCCCCAUAUAGGAAACAAGGGGGUUGCAGAAUCUGUUGGAAAUUGGUAUUUUGACCGAGCUAACAUUAAGGCUGUUGAUUGCCCAUUCCCCUGUGACAAAACCUGCCAUAAUCUAGUGUUUAAGUGAGAGAAUAGCUAGAAUAUCAUUAUCUGUUGUUACUCUUCUCAUAAAUUAUAUUGCAAUGAAAUGCAUAAUUCAAUUGUAACGAAAAUAAGACCUGCUGAGAAGUAUCAAGGCUGAUCGGCAAGCUUAAUUCAUGUUUUCAUGUUUCUCUUAUAUUCAAUUUAUUCAUAUAAACA